AUGAAUUCAUGUAUUAUUAAUGAUGAUUCGGAUACUAUUAAAAAAAUUCAAACAGUAGAAAAUUUUAUAAAUAGACAUCAACGAUUAUUAACAUUACUUUCGUUAGAAAAUUUAGAAAAUGGAACGGUAUUUAUUAUUGAUAUGUGUGAAUUAUACAAUGAUCAAAAUUUUUUAAAUGAAUGGUCUGACUUCAAGAAAGAUAUAUAUGAAAAUCCAUUACAUACCUUAAAUUGUUUUAAACUCACUAUACAUCAGCAAAUUUUAAAUACAAUACCACGAGAAAAUUUGAGUUCUGUAAAUAUUAUAAAUAUAUUAUCCAAUGUUAGAAUAAAAAUAUUAAAUUAUGAACCAAUUAUAAGUUUGCAAGAUUUGAAAGCAAAUUCUUAUGGAAGAUUAGUAUCUGUUAGAGGUUGUGUAAUUAGAGUAGGUCAUAUAAAGCAUCUUGCACAAUGGAUAGCAUUUGCUUGUCGUAAAUGUAAUUUGCAAAAAAUAAUGAAACAGCCACUGGGAGUCUUCACAAUUCCGAAAAAAUGUAAUCUAUGUGGCGUAUCUAAAUUUCGUGCAAUAUUAGAUUCACCAUUGAUAAAAAGCAUUCCAUUUCAAACAAUUAAAAUACAAGAGAUUUCAAAUAAUGAUCAGAAUAGUAAAGGUAAUAUGCCUAGAAUGGUUGAUAUCGAAUUAAUGGAUGACUUAGUUAAUACUUGUAUGCCUGGAGAUGAUAUUACUUUAACAGGAAUUAUAAAGGGUACUAAUAAUACUAAGAUUCGAAAUAAAAUGUCAUUUUCUUUAUAUAUGGAAGCUAUUACAAUAAUUAAUAAUAAACAGAGACUUCAAAAUAAAAAUUUUACAAAUAAUGAAAUGUCAAUAAAGGAUUAUUUAGCAAUAAAGGAAGUAUAUAAUACACCAAAUAUUUUUCCACUUUUGGUACAUUCUUUAUGUCCAAGUAUAUAUGGUCAUGAAAUUGUCAAGGCUGGAUUAAUAUUGAGUUUAUUUGGUGGGAAUGUAGAACAUUUCGAAUUACGAGAAAAUAUUCAUAUAUUAGUCGUUGGUGAUCCUGGCCUUGGAAAAUCACAAAUGUUACAAGCCUGUGCACGAAUUGCCGCAAAAGGUGUAUAUGUAUGCGGAAAUUCAAGUACAUCAUCCGGUUUGACAAUAACAUUAGCGAAAGAAAAUAAGAGUAAUAAUUUUAGUUUAGAACCUGGAGCAUUAGUUUUAACAGAUAGAGGAUGUUGUUGUAUUGAUGAAUUUGAUAAAAUGUGUAAACAACAUGCGGUUUUAUUAGAAGCUAUGGAACAGCAAAGUGUAAGCAUUGCUAAAUCAGGAAUAAUAUGCUCCCUUCCUACGAGAACAUCCAUUCUUGCAGCUGCUAAUCCAAUUGGUGGUCGAUUUAAUCGAAAUAAGACAGUAAUGCAAAACUUAAAAAUGAGCGCACCUCUCUUGUCCCGUUUUGAUUUAAUAUUUUUAUUAUUGGAUGAGCCAAAUAAACAUAUAGACGAUUUAUUAUGUAAACACGUUAUGUCCAUCCAUGCUGAUAUAAAUACAAUUGAUAAAACACAAAGUAAUACAUAUCAAUGUACAAAUGCACCAGAUACAACCAAACUUUCAUUAAGAGAUAAACUUAGACUUUCCGUAGAAGAAAAUCCGAAUAUCAUUCCGCAAUCAAUUCUUAGAAAAUAUAUCGCAUAUGCACGACAAUAUGUUAAACCAAAAUUGACUAAAGAGGCAGCUAUAAUAUUACAGAAUUAUUAUUUAAAAUUACGAAAUAAAAAUAAUAAAUUUAGCGGUUUAUCUAUCUGCAACAGACAAUUAGAAGCUAUGAUACGAUUAACAGAGGCUAGAGCAAAAUUGGAAUUACGGACAGAGGCAACAGAAGUAGAUGCUUUGGAUGUAAUAGAAAUUUUACAAUAUACAUUUGAUGAUAAAUUUAUAAAUUAUCAAUCUUUAGAUACAAAAAAUGUAACUACUGGAAAAAUUAAACGGUUUAUAGAAAUAUUAAGAAAAGAAACCAAUUCUAAUAAAAGUCAAAUAUUUUCUAUGAAAAGAUUGCAAGAGAUUGCGAUAGAUAAAAAUUUUGUAAUAGGUGAUUUUUCUGAAUUUCUUGUGAAAUUAAACGAAAACGGAAUCUUAUUAAAAAUGGGAAGUAAUACAUUCAAAUUUAUUUCUUCUUAA